AUGUCGAAGAUCUACAUCAAUCCAUCCGCCAGGACCUGGUCUCAUAGUUAUAAGGAUAGCGUCACCCAAGCACAAGAAUUCCACCGCCGGCUUCCUGGGUAUCAAGAGAGCCCGCUUGUACAUCUACCUGAUACUGCAACGGCGCUCCGGGUGAAAGCCGUCUUUGUCAAGGACGAGAGCAGUCGCUUGGGCUUACCAGCCUUCAAGAUCCUCGGGGCGUCGUGGGGCACAUUCAGGGCCAUUGCAUCACAGACUGGACUGACCCUGGAUACCGACCUCGAUGAGAUAUCAAAAGCCGCUACAAAAUCCGGGAUCGUUCUCUUCGCCGCUACGGAGGGGAAUCAUGGUCGGGCGGUUGCCCGGAUGGGAAAGAUUCUCAGCAUUCCAGUAAAAAUAUUUAUGUCAAAGUUUGCCGAUGCGGACACGGUUGGCAAAAUUGAAAGCGAAGGCGCACAUGUCACUGUAAUCACUGGAGACUACGAUGAGGCCGUGGCUAGGGCGUCGAACGAGUCAAAGGCAACAACGAACGGGCUCUUGAUCCAAGACAACGCGUUUGAGAACUAUGAAGAAAUCCCCGCGUGGAUUGUCGAAGGAUAUUUGACUCUUCUUUUCGAGACUGAACAUCAACUUGCUGCUCAAGGGCUAAAAGCAACAGUUCUAGUAACUCCUGUUGGAGUGGGCUCGCUUGGACAUGCAGUUGUCGCAUAUGCCAAGUCUGAUGGAAGGAAUAUAGCAGUCUUGACGGUCGAACCUGAGACAGCAGCAUGCCUGAAUGAUAACCUGUGGUCGGGUAAAUGGGAAACAAUUGAGACCAGCGCCACCAUCAUGAAUGGUAUGAACUGCGGGACAGUAUCACCGAUAUCGUGGCCAAUAUUGAGAAACGGGGUGGAUGCAAGCGUCACGAUUUCAGAUCUGGUAUGCCAUGAUGCCAUCAACUACCUUCAAUCCCGUGGGUUGAACCCUGGGCCAUGUGGAGCUGCCAGCCUUUGCGCCUUGAAUAAAUUGGCUGCUUCGGACUCAAGCUCAAAGCUCCUUGAUGCUAAUACAGUCGUCGUUCUUCUGAGCACUGAAGGUGCGAGAGGGUACGAAACUCCUGCUGGGUUUCACGGAGCCUGA